UUGCAUUUAGGCUGGCAGUUCGCACUUCGCUCGCUGCUCAGUCAUCAGAAAAGAGUUGUCGCUGACGUUGUGAGGUUGUGCUUCUCAUUGAAGAUCGCACAACCAUUCACAUUUUUGUGCAUAAAAAAUAACUAGAAAACCCACAAAAAAAAAUUAAAAACCAAGAAAAACCCCAAAAAAAUCGAAAAAAGUGAAAAAGCUAAGCAAAUUGCAAGAAAAAAUUACCUACGUGUGCGAAGGACUGGUUUAAUUUUCGACUGGUGAAGUGUACUGGCGAGAAGUGAAAGUGCGUUCGUUCAAGGCUGUACAUGAACCCUGGUGGGCCAAACUAUCAAAUGGCGUCUUUAUAUGUUGGUGAUCUUCAUGCUGAUAUCACAGAAGCAAUUCUGUUCGAAAAAUUCUCAUCGGCUGGCCCGGUGCUGUCCAUCCGUGUCUGUCGUGACGUGGUCACUCGACGUUCUCUCGGAUAUGCUUACGUCAACUUCCAGCAACCCGCGGACGCUGAGCGUGCGUUGGACACCAUGAACUUCGAUUUGAUCAAAGGACGCCCAAUUCGCAUUAUGUGGUCGCAGCGUGAUCCAUCCCUUCGUAAAUCCGGAGUUGGCAACGUGUUCAUCAAGAACCUGGACAAGAACAUUGAUAACAAAGCCAUGUAUGACACGUUCUCUGCGUUCGGUAACAUUCUCAGCUGCAAGGUUGCCCAGGACGAGAAAGGAAAUUCAAAGGGAUACGGAUUCGUUCACUUCGAAACCGAGGAAUCAGCGAACACUUCGAUCGAAAAGGUUAACGGUAUGUUGCUCAACGCCAAGAAGGUUUACGUUGGCCGCUUCAUCCCGCGCAAGGAGCGCGAGAAGGAGUUGGGAGAGAAGGCUAAGCUUUUCACUAACGUUUACGUGAAGAACUUCGGCGAUGAGUUGAGCGACGAAUCGCUCAAGGAUAUGUUCGAGAAAUACGGAACAAUCACCAGCCACCGUGUGAUGAUCAAGGACGGCAAGAGCCGUGGCUUUGGAUUUGUCGCUUUCGAAAAUCCCGAAUCGGCCGAACAUGCUGUCCAGGAGCUGAAUGGAAAGGAACUCGGAGAUGGUAAAGUGCUGUAUGUUGGCCGCGCACAGAAGAAGAACGAGCGUCAAAUGGAGCUCAAGCGUCGUUUCGAGCAACUGAAGAUGGAACGCUUGACUCGUUACCAGGGAGUCAAUCUCUACGUUAAGAACUUGGAUGAUUCCAUCGACGAUGAGCGUCUGCGUAAGGAGUUCUCUCCGUUCGGAACAAUUACAUCUGCCAAGGUGAUGUUGGAAGAAGGACGUUCGAAGGGCUUCGGUUUUGUUUGUUUCUCUGCUGCGGAGGAAGCUACGAAGGCCGUCACCGAGAUGAAUGGUCGCAUCGUUGGAAGCAAGCCGUUGUAUGUGGCACUUGCCCAGCGCAAGGAAGAUCGCAAAGCCCAUCUUGCUUCGCAAUACAUGCAGCGCAUGGCAAAUAUGCGUAUGCAACAUAUGGGACAAAUCUUCCAGCCGGGCGGUAACGGCGGUUAUUAUGUUCCAACCCUUCCACAACCGCAACGAUUCUUCUCCAAGCAGGUUAGCCAAAUUCGUACCACGCCAGGAUGGUUCCGUGCGAACGCUAAUCAAAAUGCAGUUGCCGCCAAUGCCGCGGGAGGAGCUUAUCCGGCUAUGGCCGCUGCCACGGCUGGCAACCAAUACCGUCAAACGGCUAACGUACGUGCUAACCAGCCUGCUCCAAACGCUCAAGCAGCACAGGCUGCUUCCGCUGCUAUGCGCAAUUCGGCUCGUCCAAUCACUGGCCAACAGGCUGGAAAUAUGCAAACGCGUCCUGCUGCGCCGCAGAUGGCCGCUAAUCAAGCUAGAGCUGCCAACUACAAGUACACGCAGAACAUGCGUAAUCCGCCUGCCCAAGCAGUUCAGAUGCCAGCUCCACCUGUUGCUCAACAAGCUGUCCAUGUCAAAGGACAAGAGCCACUCACGGCCUCUAUGCUGGCUGCUGCGCAACCCGCUGAGCAGAAGCAGAUGCUUGGAGAGCGUCUGUUCCCGUUGAUCGAACCAAUGUAUCCAGCGAUUGCUGGUAAAAUUACUGGAAUGUUGCUGGAGAUCGACAAUUCGGAGUUGGUUCACAUGUUGGAGCACAGUGAAUCGCUGAAGGCCAAGGUCGAUGAAGCCGUCGCCGUACUUCACGCUCAUCAACAGAAAACUCAACAGCAGUAAGUGCAUAAUUUCAUCGCUUUGCAGCUACAUGCACACUUCAUGAACUAUGCGCGUCAAAUAUUAUCUCGCAUCGAACUUUCCGGAAAGAAUUCAAUUUUACUCUUCGACAAUGAAACACAGAAAACGGUCAAAUUGAAAUAGAGGCAACGACCUAUUAAAUGUUUGCAGACGGAUUGACAUAGAAACUGUAUUUCGGUGAUAUGAUAACCUCCUAUUCAAGACAAAUUUCUCCAGUUAGGCCAAUUUUGUAUCUGCGUGUCUACAUUUCGCUAUUCGCCUAAGAUAUAAUUGAAUCACUUCAAUGAAUAUUUAAAUAAACUUUCAUCAUUUUUUCGCACCGAAAACAAUUUUUGUCUACAAUAAUCAGCAGUAGCUUAAUGCUUGGGCAUACUAAUUAAGCUUUUGAGCUUAAUUACUAUGUUCCCUAAUACAUUAUUAUUUUUUCGGUUUUGGUAACAAAAUAAUCAAGUAAAAUAUAUAUAAAAAAUACAAAAAAAUAGAAAAUAUAUAUAAAAUAAUAAAAAGAAACGUAAUUAUAAAAUACAUGUAUGAAAAAAUAAACAAAAAAACAGCAAAAGUUUUGUUUGCUUUGGGCAGUGCAUUGCAGCGUAUAAGCUAUCUCGAGAAAUUCUUGUGAAGAAUGUUUGCGCAAUCGUACUACUAGAGCAAAACCUACAGAAAACAAAUAUUACAAUUAUGUCUGAACAUAAAAAAAUUGAAAAAAAACAGCAGAGGGUUGCAGACACAAACAAGAAGAAACAUCCAAACAAACUUAUGAUCACAACAGAUGCGACAGUCUUAAGAAAAUAAACAGUAAUAGAGAAAAAUCUGAAAAUCGCUAAAAAAACUGCAAAAAUACAAAAGAAAAAAUUGAAAAAAUGUAUAAUCAAUUGAAAAGGUGAGAUCGAAGUUUCAAUUAAUUAAAUAUUGUCUUAGCUUCAAGACGCAUUUCAUUUAUGAGCUUCUCCAGAUCCUAAAAAGCGGUGAAAACUUUUUUUUUUCUCUGGUGGCUGUCGAACUAGCCUAGUAAAUAUGAACGGAUAUAGCUGAGAGGGUCCAUUUAGUACGUUUCAACUAAAUUUCAACCUCCUUCUUCAAGCGUGACGUACUUUAUGGCCCCGUACUCUAUAGCUCGAAUUUUGUGGCAUGUCGUGUGAGUAAGCAUCUUUCCAACAAGACGUAUCAUUGCUUUCACUACGAUGCAUGAUUAGCGAAUGAAACACAAUAUAUGGCAUGUAACCUAAGAUCUGUCCUCGCUAAAUGUGUUGCGUAAUGUGAAAUUGCUACAAUGUGCUACAAGCGUGUUCCAGGAACUUUUGGCUAAAGCGACAAGCCAUCACUUAACGAAUUUAAUUUAGCGCGAUGCAUUGAACAUUUCUAACUUCAUCGUGAGUCAUUCGACAAUGCUCGUCCAAAACAACACGUAAAAUUGAAAGCCGCAUCUAUUUGAUGUUCAUUUUCACCCUCUCCCUUUUUUGUUCAUGUUAACAAUGCAUACCUAGUUAUGUUUUUACUAUCCACGCAUGCAUAUAAGGGCAUAAAAUUUAUUAUCGACUAGGGCGACGCGAAAAGUCGCACAUAACAUCAUUGGUUCAAUUCUUUAAUUAAUUGUUUUUUAUUUGUGAAAAUCUACAUACAAUAUUGGAAGAACAUAAUAUAGCAUAUGCUUAAAAAUAGUAUAAAUUAUGAUAUGAGCAUUCUUAAAUUUUCAGUUCUACGUUUGGCAAUAUUCAAUAAAAUUCACUUUCGUAAAA